AUGGCGGAUCUUCACGAGGAUGCUGACAGGCAAGUUGAAAGGGCCCCAAAAUGGUAUGAAGUCCUGAAGGAGGAGGUGCUUGAGCUGCGGUGGCGCGUCCUUGCGGUGGCGUGCUUCCUCACGUUCGGUAGUUACUACAUCUUCGACUUCCCCGGCUCGCUGGGCACCGGCGGUGGCCACACCAUCGAGCAGCGAUUCCGGGCACACGGCAAGGCGUAUACACAGGAGAUGAAUCAGAUGCUUUACAGUGUGUACUCGUGGCCGAAUACAGUACUGGCCAUCUUUGGUGGGCUACUGAUCGACAAGUACCUCGGCAUCCGCACAGCAAUGCUGCUCUUCACCUUCUUGAUAUUGCUUGGCGCUUUUCUCUUCUGGCUGGGCGUGCACUUUGUCGCUUACCCGCUCAUGGUGGCAGCGCGUGUCGUAUUCGGUCUGGGUGGCGAGUCUCUCUCCGUGUCGCAGUCGGCGUACGUCGCGCGGUGGUUCAAGAAUGGUCGUGGCAUGGCGUUGGCGUUUGGCAUAACCAUCAGUUUCUCACGUGUUGGAUCAUCCUUCAACUUCCUCUUCUCACCGAAGAUUGCACGUUCAAAGGAUGUUGACACCGCCGUUCUCGUUGGCAUCUUUGCCUGCUGCAUCUCCUUCAUUGCCUGCAUGAUUCUGGUUGCUGCUGAUAUUUACGCUGUACGUAUUGGCUACAUCAAGCCAGAACCGCGCGAGUCGGAGGAGGCGAGAGUUAUGAAGUUGUCAGACGCACUGAAGCUUCCUUUUGCGUUCUGGGCCCUCACAGCUGUCUGUGUNUUCUGUUACACCGCCAUAUUCCCAUUCGUCGGCAUUGGUAAAGGUUUCUUUGAGGUGAAGUACGGCUACGAUGGUGACAAAGCUGCCAGUUAUAUCUCUGCGUAUCAAUUCGCGUCGGCUGCGGGCUCGCCGUUGAUUGGGAUCAUUGUGGAUGCUGUUGGACGCAAUACGUUGUGGCUCAUAUUGGCGAGCACCUGUUUUGUCCUGAUCCACGUGCUGCUAAUCGUCUCGAUGAUUCCUGGUAUCGCGAUGAUGAUCAUGAUGGGUGGAUUCUACAGCUUUCUAGUCGCGGGUCUGUGGCCAUCGAUUCCGUGGGCUGUCAAUGAGAACAUUGUGGGCUUCUCGUACGGCGUCAUGACCGCUCUGCAGAACGUUGGAUUAGCCACGUUCCCUAUUAUUGUGGGCGACAUUCUUGACAGGUACACACCGCAUUCCAGCAGCGAGGGAUCCGCAGUGGACCUCUCUUCAUCUAUGAGCAACAGCGGCGAAGAUGUCCUGCUCCCCGCGUUGAAAGGGUACGUGAUGACGGAGCUGCUGUUUAUUGGAUCAGCCGGUGUGUCUUUUGUUGCAAGUGUUGUUCUUCUUCUUUCUGAUCUGCGUAAUGGUGGUAUCCUCACUGCGUCAAGUACCCGUCGGAAGCAAAUGGAGACGGAGGGGCGCAAUGCUCUCUUGGACUAUCUUCCAGAGGAGGAAAGAAACCUUCUCUUCAGCGCGGCUUUUGACCAGGAAGACGCGUGGCCCGGCGCCAGUAACGGCAGCGAAAAGAAAUCAUAA